AGUACCGCGCGCGGGCAGUUUCGAAACCCGAGCGAGCAUGCGCACCGGGCGCGGCUGAGUGCUAUCGCCCCGCCCCCUACGCGCCUCUCCAGGAGGGGCGGGCCUCGGCCGCUCGCGCUCCCCUCCCCCACCCCUCGCUGUGCCUGCGCGCUGGGGACAACCGUUGCAGGGCGCCCACGGCCCUGAGGGGGGACGGUCGCCCUAGGCACCCUCUCUUUUCGGCCCUGAGGUACCCGGCCUGGUGGCCCAGGACGUUCCCGUCGCAUGGCGGAGUGCUGCGGACGAUGCCCAUGAAGUUCUUAGUCCUUCUAGUCGCGCUGUUGCUAUGGCCUUCGUCCGUGCCGGCCAAUCCUAGCAUAACCGUGACGCCUGACGAAGAACAAAACUUAAAUCAUUAUGUAGAAGUUUUACAGAACCUAAUACUAAGUGUUCCUACUAGGGAGCCAGGUCGUGAGAAAAAAUCAAAGUCUCCAAAUAAUGUUCAUUCUAUAGGACGGAAGGUAUCAAGAUUAAAGGAGAUAAUCACACAUGGAGACGUUUCAACUGAAAAUGAUGUUUUAAUCAAUCCUCUUGGUGAAGAAACCACAGCUUCCCCUACUGGAGGCUUCACACUGGAAGUACAGAAGAAAAAACCUACCGAAAGCACAGCAUUCUGGUCGAUUAAACCAAAUAAUGUUUCUAUUGUUUUGCGCACAGAUGAACCUUAUAUUGUAAAAGAGCCAGAGCCAGAGCCAGAGCCAGAACCAGAAUUAUCACAAACAAGGCCAUGGCUAAACUUUACUGAGACAUCCCCAAGCCCAGAGGUCACCUCAGGCCAACCAUCUAUCACUUCUUUAAGUAGAAGCACUGACAUGAAUACCGUCACAGAGCUAGAAGAUGUUCCUCAGCUCUCAGGCGAAUAUGAAAUGGGAACACCUGACACAGUAACAUUUGAAAAACACCCACAGAUUCUGAAUAAUGAAGACAUUUUGAAAAAAAUUUCAGAUAUUCAUUCACAGGUACAACGGGUACCUCUUGCUGAGAGCCUCAAGCCAGAAUACAGAGAGGACAUUCGAGCCUCUAGAGAGCACCUAAAACGGAGCCUUGCUUUAGCAGAAGCAGCAGAACAUAAACUACAAAAGAUGUAUAAAUCCCAGCUAUUACCACUAGGACGAAGCAGUAGUGGAAUUGAUGACAUUGAAACUGUUAUUAACACGCUGUACAAUUCCAGAUCUAAAUUAGCUAAAUAUUUAGAUAUUAGAUAUGUUCCACCAGAGAUGAGACAAAAAGCUACUGCAGUAUUCAAUACAUUGAAAAAAAUAUUAUGUGUAAGUCAACAAGAAACUCAAAAUCUUAUUAGGAAGUUAUUAAGCAAUAAUAUAAAAAUUUUAAACCUACUUGAUGUUCCAUGACAAAGUUGAUUUAAGCAAACUGUGCAUUCAUUUCACUAGAGAAUUAGUGAUUCACAAGUUUUAUGAGAAUAUUUUCUAUUCAAUGUGCUAACAUCUUUACAUGUCAUGUUAUAAAAAACUUUCAUAUGCACAAAAGCCUAAUAAUUUAAAAUAAAAUUUUGGUUCAGGAGUUUGUAGUUUUUUUCUCAUUAAUUAAAAGUUAUGAAGAUCUAACCUUUAAAAUGUUUAAGCUUUGAUUUUACUUGAAUAGAUUAGUUAAGUUCACCCAUUUUAUAAAAGUUAAGAGAUUGUGUGCAAUCUGUAUGUAGCUUGUUUUAAAUAAUUGAAUAUAAAUGUAAAAUUUUAGUAUAUAUAUGGUCUUUAUUACUCUUUCAGAGAAUCUGAGUUUUCUGUCUGAAUAGCGUAGUUGGAACUUGAAUCAGCUGUUUUAUUGAAUAUCUGUUUGCCUCCUUUAAAAGGUGGAUGGUAUAUGGAGAGAUGUCCCUGUUUCUUUGUUGUUAAAUACUUUUGGAGUAUCAGUGAGUUACUGUAACUUGGAUUUGUAAUGUAGUCAUUCUCACCUAAUUCCUAUUUUUGUCUGUUUCUAUACAUAUACUUUGAGGCUUUGCAAAUCUUUUGUGAGGAAUAUGACUAACAUGAUUAAGGUUAACUGUGUAAUAUUGUGCUUAUGGUGCAUGUAAUUCUCUUUCAUGAUUUGACCAGUAUUGUGUUUAAAUUUGUUUAUUCAUUCAUUCAUCAAACCAGUCAUUUAUAGUUUAGUAGAGAUUUAUUGUCCUUUUACACUAUGUGCAGAAAAAAUGCUAGGCUUUGGGGAUAUAGUAAGACCUGUUUCUUCUCUCUAUGAGAUUGUGUUACAGGAGGAAAGACAGACAUUAAAUAAAUAACUUUGCUAAUUUUAAAAUUUCAGUUGUGACAAGUUGUUAUAAAGCUGUGAGAAGCUUGACCUCACCUAGACGGAAAAUAAUGGGAAAGCUGUCCCGAGAAGGCAGCAUUUCUGGUGGUAUCUGAAGGAUCAGGGUGCAUGUAGGGGAAGGCAGCAUUCCCAGCAGAGGGAACAGCAAGUGUGAUGCUCUGAGUUGGGAAUGAGUAUGGCAAGUUCAAGAAGUAGCUGGAGUGUAGAAACGUAAGGCAGAACAUCUCAAGAUGGAGCUGGUGAGGUACCCAGGGUUGGAAUAGAUCCUGCAAGGCCUUAAAAUGUAUAUAUUAUCGACGAUGCUAGCUGUUAUCCUAUGAUCAGUGAGAAGCGUUUGUGGAUUUUAAGCAAAAUAUGGGAAUGAUCAAAUUGGUGUUUAAAAAAAAAAAACACUUUGGCUGCAGUUUUGGAGGCAGACAAAAGUAAAAGCAUACUAGGCACAGGCCAAAUUUAGCUCGGACUAGUUCGAAAGAAGUAUUAGUUUAGAGGUAGAAUCAACAGUAUUUGGUGAUUGCUUGGACAUGGAGACUGAGAGAGUAGCAGGGAUUGAAGAUAAUUCUUCCACAAUUAGCUAUAUCAUAAAAAAGACCACAUAGGUUUUGUUUCACAAUAGCACUCUUUACUGUUUCCUGUGGGGUUUUUUUUUUUUUUUUUCAUUUUGUGUGUGUGUUUCUUAUUUUUUAAAUCAAUUUUACUAUGGAAGAUUUCAAACGUGAAAAAGUAAACAGAUUAAUAGAUAUAUGUACCUAAUGUCCAGUUUCAACAAUGAUCUACUAAUGACCUGUCUUGUUUCACCUAAACCCUCUUCCUUUCCCCUCUUCCCCAUUUCAUGUUGAAUUAAACCCCAGAUACUUUUUCAUUUCAUUUGUAAAGAUUAUAGUGUGAAGCUUUUAAGUUUUUUUAAAAAACAACCCCAAUAUCACCACACAUACAAAUUUAAUUAUUCUUUGUCAUCAAAUGUCCAGUCAUUGUUCAAAUUUCAGGCUGUCUACUAUUGAGUAUGUAUGAAGCAAAGAUCCAAAUAAAAUUCACACAUUGAGAUUUAUUGA